AUGUUAGAAGGUGCAAAAUCAAUGGGUGCCGGAGCUGCUACAAUUGCUUCAGCGGGAGCUGCAAUCGGUAUUGGAAACGUGUUCAGUUCUUUGAUCCAUUCCGUGGCGCGAAAUCCAUCAUUGGCUAAACAAUCAUUUGGUUAUGCCAUUUUGGGCUUUGCUCUAACCGAAGCUAUUGCAUCGUUUGCCCCAAUGAUGGCCUUUCUGAUCUCAUCCGUAUUCUGA